GUCCAACCACAUUAGAAUCUACCACACAGCCAAUGAGGAUUGGUGAGUGCUGCCUGUCCUUCAGCCGAGCGGAAGCAGCGGCUCAGGCUGCAGGGAGAAGCAGACAUGAAUUCCUUGGAACAGGCCGAAGACCUGAAGGCCUUUGAAAGGAGACUGACAGAGUAUGUCUCCUGUUUGCAGCCGGCAACAGGCAGGUGGAGAAUGAUUCUGAUUGUGGUGUCUGUAUGUACGGCUACUGGGGCUUGGAACUGGUUAAUAGACCCUGACACACAGAAGGUCUCGUUUUUUUCGUCACUGUGGAAUCAUCCCUUCUUCACCAUCAGCUGCAUCACUCUCAUAGCUCUCUUCUUUGCUGGGAUACACAAACGAGUUGUGGCACCAUCAAUUAUCGCUGCUCGAUGUCGGACAGUUUUAGCAGAAUACAACAUGUCCUGUGAUGAUACGGGGAAACUUAUUCUCAAACCACGACCAAACAUCCAAUAACCAGCAUUUUUUGUGGGCUGCUCAGACACUGUACUGGGUCCUGGAUUGAUCCAGUGAUCGUUUGGUGACCUGCGUCCUCUGUGUUUCAUCAUCAUGAUUAAUGAAAUGGGGAAAGACAGGUGAAAAGAACCGAUAGGCCCUUCAAACAGUUCUGCUGUGGCCAUGUCGUCACUGAAGCUGCUGAUCUGCUCACAGAACCUUUGGUAUAUUUUAUUCUGUCUGGGUGAUUUCAGAUGUGUUUAUUUCUGUUGCUAAUUGUGUAUUUUAUCAAAAUGUUUCUAUUUUUAAAAUUAUUUACCAAAUAAACUCUCCAGACGUGAAAA